AAAUAUUGUGAUUGAAGAUUUUUUUGCAGGCUUUUCCUUGUGGAUUACUUCAUUGAUACAAGUAGUAAGAAAGUGGGUACUAGUUUGUUAUUUCAAAUUAUCUUAUUUGUGGUAAUUUUGAAUAUCCGUUGGCAAUAUGUCAUCCUCACAUGGCACUGUUAAAGCUUUGCAAAUGCUUAGGAGAUUACCAAGGAUUAAGUUGAACAACCUAAUAUCAAUUCCUGGUUCAACCAAAAAAUCUCAACGAGGCCGAGGCAUUCAUGGGGGCAAAGACCAUGGCUGGGGAACCAAAGGCCCCAAACAUCACAACCGCCAUGUUCCUGCUGGUUAUGAGGGAGGGGAGAUGACACCUUACUUCUUGAGGUAUCCAGUCCAGAAAUGGGCUAAGGAAAGGUAUGAUAUCUCUUAUGUUCCGCUGACUCUGCAGUCACUGCAGCUCAUGGUUGACACAGGACGUCUUGAUGUUAGUGUGCCCAUUGAUGUAACUCAACUCUACAACACCGGACUUUUGCGCAUUGAUUCAAGACUGGAGCAUGGUGGUGUUAUGCUGGAAGAGAAAGGCAUGGACUGCUUCUGUACCCCCAUGAAUCUUGAGGUUCAGUAUGCAAGUGAGGCUGCUAUUGCAGCUGUAGAAAAGGCUGGUGGCACCAUCACCACAGCCUAUUAUGAUCCCUACAGUCUCACUGCUGCUCUCAAGCCUGUCGAGUUCUUCAAGAAAGGCCAAGUGAUCCCGCGUCGGUUCUUGCCGCCGCAACGCCACAUAGAAUACUACAGUGAUCCGCGCAACAGGGGAUACCUUGCAGAUCCUGCCCUUAUUGAGGAACAGCGUCUCUUGUUGAGCCAGAAAUACGGCUACGUUCUCCCAGACUUGGAGAAGAGUUUGAUGAAGGAGCUUCUUUUUCAACGGAAGGAUCCUCGGCAGGUCUUCUAUGGCUUGGAGCCUGGCUGGAUAGUCAACCUCGCCGACAAGGUGAUACUCAAGCCCACGGAUCCUCAACUGAAGGAAUACUACUCGUCUUGAAGGGAUCCAAUUCUUAAUCCGUGAUAUUUAUUGCAUGAUUUUGCAUCUGAUCGCAACUAAGACGGGUCACUGCAUAUAUUGUAUUAAAUUUUUAAAUAACUUUCAAAUGGGAAACUUGAAAUAUCAACGGUAAUAAUCAGCUUCUUGUUGUGUGAUUGUUUCGAAUUAUUAUGAAUUCCUUUAAUUAAUUAUUAACUGGGGAAAUUUAAAGUAGAUUUGUCUACCAUUGAUGACGAUUCAUUUUUGCAGCUCCGAAAAGAAGGCUCGCCAUUUUUUAGAAAAAAAUAUCCCUGGAUAUAAACCUUACCUUUUCCUAUUCCCUACAAAAGACGUUAUGAAGUCAAUCCAGACCCUCGUUAUAAUAUUGAGGUUUACAAAAAUGAAAGAAUUCAUUAAUGUGAAAUUCUAUAGGUUAACUAUUUUCUUUCGUUUUCUCAACUAUAUGCUCGUUCUUGCUUUUUUCUCAACUGGAUGUUCGCUUAUGCUUAAUGUUCAACGUUGAAAGAAAUUAAUCACUGUAAAUACACACGAAAUGGCAAUUUAGAUUGCGA